AUGGCUUCGAAUCAGAAAGAACUUGAAGCGUACAAUUUUGUACUCGAGCUGGUGUCUGUUGAUGGAUCUGCAAGCUCUGCUUCCACGACCAGAAGAUCCAGACGUGAUAAGUCUACAGCCCUGCCAGUACUCCUGCUCAGAAGAGAAACCGAUGGAAUGGUGCUAAGAACCGGUGAUACCAUCUUGGUUCAACAAAAAGGAGCAGACAAGCCUGAAGUUGCCUUCAUCAAAGAAAUCAAAUAUGGGAUAGUGAACUUCAUAGAAAUAGUAGUCACAUGGUUCAUACGCAUGGAAGAUAUUGUGUUUGAAGACCUUCCAAAAGUUCUAGAAUAUGCCGAUAAAAGCAAACUUAACACGAACGAAUUGUUCUUGACAGUCUAUUUGGAAGAGAUUUUCGUAUCAGAAAUCGUUGAAAAGGUCAACGUGUUGUCGUAUCAUGAGUUCGAAGACAUAAUCAUAGACGAUUCCAAUGCUUCCAAUACAUUCAUGGCUAGGCGUGCCUGUAGUUCUGAAGGUGACAAUAUCACUGAAGAAAUCAAUUACAGAGACUUGUGUGUAUUAUUUGAAAAUGACCCGAAUGCAUUUGUGGACUUCUUAGGGGAGGCAACAGAAACUGUUCAGAGAACUAAAACACCCAAACAAACCCCUCAACUUAAAAAGAAAGACGAAGUCGAACAGAUCCAAGAUUCUCAAGAUGCCAAAGUGAUAAAUCAUGGUGACAACGACGAAUACAUAAAAGAACAAAACGGUGACGAAAGCUCAGAUGAGGACGAUCUUUCAGCGUCAGCAUCAGACGAUCUCGACUCAGAUGAGGCUGAAGUCUCAGAGUCGGAUGAAGAAUUCCAGGUUGAGACUACAAGAAAACGACCAACAAGACAGCAAAAGAGAAUUGUGACUCCAAGUAGGACCAAGUCACCUGCUAAGAAACCAAGGCUUACAAAGCAAGAGAAGAUCAAAGAGUUCAUGGAUGGUGUGUUGGCUCUGCCAAGCUCGAACCCAAGGCAAAAGUUCAAGGUUCGUACAUCUCCCAAGAAACAGACCAAUAUAUUAUCCUCUCUCAAGAUACAGAAGACUUCUGGAAAUUUUAUAAAAAACCUUGAUACUAGCUCAAAGGCUUUUAAAGAAAUAAAGGAGAAAUUGCACUCUUCACAGGCAAUAUCGCACCUUAUUGGUAGAGAAGAGCAGUUUGCCUCGAUUUAUGUCAGCUUGAUGAAUGCCAUAGAGCAAGAAACAGGUUGUUCUAUUUAUGUAUGCGGAACUCCAGGAGUUGGCAAAACUGCCGUAGUAAGAGCAGUAAUUAACCAAUUGAAAGAAGAUUUCACGAAUGGAUUUGAUUAUUUGGAGAUCAAUGGAUUGAAGUUGCUAUCUCCUGCUGUUGCCUAUGAACAACUUUGGGAAAAGAUUAGCGGAGUGAAAGUUACAGCUGCCAAUGCAGCCUUGUUCUUGGAGAACUAUUUCAAGAAUGACGCGAAGAGAAAGCCUCUUGUUGUAGUUAUGGACGAAUUGGACCAGAUUGUUACGCAGAAACAGAACGUGAUGUAUAAUUUCUUCAACUGGCCCACUUACGCUUCGUCUAAAUUGAUUGUCAUUGCUAUCGCAAACACUUUGGAUUUACCAGAACGUGUUCUUUCCAACAAAAUUUCAUCUAGACUUGGAUUAGCAAGAGUCGAAUUCCAUGCCUAUUCCUACGAUCAGUUGGGCGAAAUCAUUGCACAAAGGCUCAAGAUGCUUACCGAGCAAAGCAAACAGAAAGUAGCAAUCAAAGAUGAUGCAGUUGGUUUUGCUUCAAGAAACGUUUCCAGAGUUAGAGGAGAUGCCAGAAGAGUGUUACUGAUAUGCAGAAGAGCAGUGGAAAUUGCCGAACAGGAGUAUAUUGAAAAAAAGAAUGAAAAGCUUGUUGCAGAAGAUGAGAUUUACAAUGUCCAGAUCCCUCACAUUGCCAAAGCAAUUAACGAAUCGAUCAAUUCACCCUUGGCAAAGUAUUUGGAGCUGCUACCAUUUGGCUCGAAAUUGCUUCUCGUUGCCGUAGUGUUGCGAAUGAGAAGAUCGGGACUUGGAGAAAACAGUCUCGGCGAUGUCAUCGAUGAAAUGAAGCAAACUUUGCAGAUGUUCACUAGUCAAGAUAGCACUCUGUUGUUAAAAGAAUCUGAACCAAAUGUUACUCUCUCCAAUUUUCUCUAUGCUAGUGACAUAUUUGAUCUCUCUAAUGGAGUCCCAGAUGUUAGAAUUAGCCAUUUUAAACGUAUUCUCAAUGAGCUCGUCGAAGGUGGAGUGUUGACACAGCAAAAUAUUCCAGGGGAGAGAUACAGACAAAUCAGACUUCAUGUUUCUCAAGAGGAAGUUGUUUCAGUUCUAAAGAGAGACAAUAGCAUAGCUGGAAUGAUAUGA